GGGGGCAAAGGGAAGGAAGCAGAACGCAUCGCCGACCACACGAUGGCAGAUACCGGGCCGCCUGUUGACCGUGACCGUCUGUUUCAAGAGAAUGAGGAUCUGAAGCAGCGCAUCGAGGGUCUGCAGAAGGGAUGCGAGGACCUGCGGAUGGAGAACGCCAUGCUGGCGGACCACCUCCAGCGGCUCACGGAGCUGCACCCAUUGGAGGAACACGAAGACGACACGUCAUCCAUCAGCUCCACCAAGUCCAAAACCAGACUCAGAAGCAGCCAACAACUCGGUCAGUCAGACACCCAGGGACGCAUGGAAACGAACAGACCAUGCAUGUCUUGUCUUUGAUUGUCUGUGUCUGUAUGGACGGGGUGCCGGUGCAGGAAAGAUGAAGGACCGUGCCCCAUUGGUGCUGACUUUGGAGCAGCGUUACGGGAUAGCCAACAGCGAGGUGGAGGCGCUGACCAAGGACAUCGACCAGACCAAAAAGACGUCAGAGAAAAACCUCGAAAUACUCAAGGUGACCUGCCGACAGACACGACUCACAAAGGGCAGCCACAAACGAACGAACCAGAGAGAGACACGAAAGAGAGACACAAACAUGAUCCGUACAUCUCUCUGUCUGCGUAUGUGUGUCGUCCCUUCCCUCCCUCCCUCCCUCCCUCCCUUGUUUCAGGCACUAAUGGAGGAAACGGACGUCAGGACAGCCGAGGUAAGCCAGCAAUGCCAAUUUGCAAACACAUGUACAUCUGUGUGCCGAUCGGGACGGAUUCGUAUGUUCGGUCAGAUCAAGAAGGAGGCGUAUGAGUUUCGGCGUGACAUUGUCGUUGGUGCUGAGAACGCCCGUACGGGCAAGACCGUGGCAGAGAAGGUGCUCAAGUGGCUGGAGGACCACCUCACGGCCAAAGACCUCCUCAUCAACAAGCUGCUCAUGAAGAACCACUCAUUCAAAGUCCAGAUCCGAAAGACAGAAAAACAGCUCAAAGCCAAACAGGUGGGUGCUGGCCGGGCAGCUUGAUGGGCGGGUAUCUGACUGAUCAGUGGACGCACUGUAUGUAUAUUUGAUGUGUCUUUGGUGUUGUGUGUGCAGGAGACGGGGGAGGAUUUGCAGUACAUCGACUUCCAUCAGCUGCAGAUCGAAAACCAGCAGUUCGUUGUCAAGAUAGAGGAGGCAAACCAGGAGCUGCUCAAACUCAAGAGGACUGCCGGUGAGUCCGCGCAGCCACAUACCGAAACCAGAGCCAUGGACACAUGAAGGAUUACUUUGUACGGAUGCGACUCAGCUCGUACGGUCAAGACGCUCAACGGUAUGAAGAAGCGGCUGGGUCAGCUGGGUGUGGAGGCGCGCAACCUCCGCGGGGCCAUCACCAGCAGCAAGAUGCAGCUCGCCAAGACAGAGAACGACAUACAGAAGGUCGUCGACGAGAAGGAAGUCGCAAGAAAAGACAACAAAAGGUGGGAGACACGCUCGACAAAUCUGCACAUGAAGCAUGGAUGGAUCAUGUAUGUCCGACACACACACGUUGAUGCCUGGUUUGCAGGUUGCGUGUGCAGAGCAGGAUAUCGCCCGACAUGCCCCAGAUUGUCGACUAUGUCAACCAGAAAGCCGACCAGUAUGAGCUCGACUCACAGCUUCGCAACUGGCAGAGAAAAGUCGAAAUCGCAGAAAUGGGCGCAAAAAAGGUCAGAAAGAUCCACGAGGCACAAUGUGUCAGCAUAUAUGUGUCUCCCCGUGCAGACGAAGGGGCAGCUGAAGACUGCCCAAAAGCACCUGUCGUAUUUCGGCACUGCACCAGCCAUUAUGGCUGGUGGUGGUGGUGGCGCUGGUGGCGCUCGGCCACCGCAGAGCGACCUCGGUAUGAGGACCUUCGCUUUCACGCCACUCACAUGAUCUCUGCCUGUGCUUGAGGGGGUCGCACAUUGUUUGCUGCUGCUGUUGG